GUAGCUUUGUAAGUCUUCAGUCUGUCACUGAAAAACGAAUAAAUUAUUUACCUCAGUUUUAAGAUCGUACAAAAAUAUUUUAAGUCUAAUUUUGAAAUGGUUGAUCGUGGCAAUAAUGCUGUACUCCCAUUUGGGCCAUGUUCUACGGAACUUACAGAGUCUCAAGUCAGCUUCGCUGCACCCAAAAUUAAGAAAGUGCUCCCCACUAGGGAAAAUCGAAUGGAGCAGUUUCUAUGGCAGGAGCUCUUUGCGGAAUACAAUCGACAAGCUUCAAUUAAAGUGGACUUGGGUGAGGACCGCACAGAGUAUUAUGACCAAUUCUGCAAGGAUGUGCCUCCAAAGAAUGAGGAAACUGAAGAAGUUCUGAUUAACAAGUAUCCACUGUACUGUACCGCUGCCGUUACCUUAUGGAAUCAUGAUGGGGAUGUCACCAAGACUUUUAAGAGAAAAUAUUCUAUUACCAGACCUAUUAAUGAGUGUACUGAAAAGUUUGCUCUUUAGAGAGAGCAGUGUAAAUGAAUGCCCCAAAAUUAUGGCUUUUUAUAUUAGGCGCUCCACAAAAAAUUAUUGCACUUAAAUCUUUCACUUUUAAUGCGUGUUUUAAAAUAUUAUUUAUGAUUAAUAAAGAUUGAGUGUAAUUACCA